GCGCACGCUGGCCGACAUCAUCAUGGAGAAGAUCACGGAGAAGCAGACGGAGGUGGAGACGGCGCUGUCGGAGAUCUCGGGCUGCCCCAUGCCCCAGCUCGACCCCCGUGUCCUGGAGGUCUACAGGGGCGUCAGGGAGGUGCUGUCCAAGUACAGGAGUGGGAAGCUCCCCAAGGCGUUCAAAAUCAUCCCUGCCUUGUCCAACUGGGAGCAGAUCCUCUACAUCACCGAGCCAGAGACGUGGACAGCGGCUGCCAUGUACCAGGCCACCAGGAUAUUUUCCUCCAACCUGAAGGAGAGGAUGGCCCAGAGGUUUUACAACCUGGUGCUGCUGCCGCGCGUCCGCGACGACAUCGCCGAGUACAAGCGGCUCAACUUCCACCUGUACAUGGCUCUGAAGAAGGCUCUGUUCAAACCUGCAGCCUGGUUCAAGGGUAGGGCUCCUGCAGGGUCCCUGAGGGGCUGGUGCAUGCCAGGGGGUGUGCAGGAGUGGGGUUUUCUAGGGAGAAGGGGCUGAGCUGUGCAUGGAGGUGGUUGGUGCC